AUGAAGGACGAAGACGAGGCCGCGGGUGGCCUCGAAGCAACUCCCAGAGGCAACGAAGUUUCCAACAAGGUCGAACUCGAGGCCGAAGCAAGCGAUGAGCCGCCCAAGGCUAGUUUUGGAACGCUGAUGAGGGUGUUUGCCUUUGGUCAACCCAAAGAUAGGAUGAUCCAGAUCGUUUGCGCCUUGGCCGCAAUUUGCAGCGGCGCCGCAAUGCCCUUGAUGGCGCUCGUUCUUGGCCGCCUGACUGCCAACUUUACGGACAAAGACGAACAGGCCUCGGUGGAUUUCAUGAAACAUGUGCGAACAAAUGCUGGCAGCCUUUGGUUUCUUUACUUGUUCAUUGCCAAGUUUACACUCGUGUACAUCUGGAGUUUUGGCUUUGGCUAUUCUGCCAAUCGAAUGGUGCAAGCUUUACGACUCAAGUGUCUGAAUCGUAUCCUACAUCGCAGUGUCACGGCCCACGAUGCUCAAACGCCGGGAGCUCUGUCGAAUGCAAUCACAAUCCACUGCAAUUCCAUUCAAUCAGCACUGUCCGAUCGAAUCGGAAUCAUGAUACAAGCUUUUGCCAUGCUCUUGGCCUCUUUUGCCGUCGCCUUUUCGCAGUCGUGGCAUCUCACAUUGGUCAUGCUGGGCCUCGUGUUCCUCACACUCGGCUUGAUCGGGUUCAUUGUGGGCAGUGACCAGAAGAUAGAAGCUGGGCUUCUCAAGAGAUACGCUGAUUGCAGUGCCAUUGCCGAAGAUGCUCUUGGAAGCAUCAAGACUGUCAUAGCUUUUGGAGCUGCUCCUAAGUUCUUGGCCAAGUAUGAGGCGAUCUUGGACCAAGCCCAGGCGGAUGGUAAAAAAAGAGGCUGGGCUAUUGGCUUCUAUCUUGGAGCAUAUUUGUACAAGAAUGGAAAAAUUACGGAUCCUGGAAGAAUUCUUUCCGUUUUUUUCGCCAUGUUGAUUGGCUUGGGAGCCAUUAUGGCUUUGGGUCCCAACAUGCCCUCCUUCAUCAAGGCCGUCGCUGCCUCUGGCGAUGUAUUCAAGAUCCUAGAUGACGCAGACCAAACAGAUAGUACCGUCGAUUCCAUUGCUUCGAGGCUCGACACGUGUAACGGCCAUGUGGAAUUGCGCAAUGUCUCGUUCUCUUAUCCAUCGCGGCCAGGCCAGAAAGCCCUCACGGAUGUUGACAUCGAAUUCACCAGAGGCACAUCAACAGCCGUGGUUGGACCAUCAGGUGCAGGAAAAAGCACGCUAAUCUCUCUUUUGGAGAGAUGGUACCAGCCUACAGCAGGAGUUCUCUCGUUGGAUGGUUACGACAUCACCACGGUUGACGCCAAAUGGCUAAGGAGCCAGAUCGCCCUUGUCCAGCAACCGCCACAGCUAUUUAAUGCAUCGAUAUUCGAAAACAUUACAUACGGCCUCAUUGGAACCGAACAGGAACAUGCGUCCAUUGAAGAAAAGAUGAGGCUGGUGGAAGAAGCAUGCCAAAAAGCUCGAGCGCUCGAAUUUAUCCACAAGUUACCAAAUUCAUUUGAUACUAUUGUUGGUGAUCAAGGUGGUCUCAUAUCUGGUGGAGAGAAGCAACGCAUUGCGAUUGCGCGUGCUUUGAUCGGACGGCGUCCCAUUCUCCUGAUGGAUGAGGCAACAAGUGCCCUUGACAAUGAGAAUUCCAAAGUCAUCGAGACCCUGAUGACAGCCUCUGAGGACAGAACAACCAUAUUUAUCUCGCACAAGAUUUCAUCUGCCAUGAAAGCCGACAGGAUCAUUGUCAUCGACAAAGGCCAGGUUGUAGAGCAAGGUACUCACGAAGAGCUCAUGGCCGGUAGUGGGCUUUACAAGCGGUUGCAUGAUGCACAGCUACAGGACGAGUCCGAACCUACCGAGUUCACGCCUGUUGAAAGUUCUUUAAUCGAGUUGAAUCCUUUGAUCAAAGGGCCGUCCGUUGAGCCAGACUCUUCCCCAACCCAUCUUGCAGAGAUUCCAGACAUCACCAAACGCUCACUCUUCUCUAACCUAUGCACCAUCGCCAAAGAGCAGAAGCGCUACUGGCCGGUCCUCCUCAUUGGCGUCCUCUCUGCUAUUGUCACGGCACAAAUCUUCCCGGUCCAGGCCAUUCUCCUCGGCAGAGUCCUUGACACCUUUCAAAACAACACCAGGCAGUCGCAGCAACUAUCCUCGGAUGCUAAUUUUUGGUCUCUUAUGUUCUUUGUUGUCGGCCUUGGUGCUCUCAUCUCCUACGCCGUCUUGGGAUUCUUCAUGACUUUGUUGGGUAUUCGCCUUACCAAAUUUUACCGCCUCGACUACUUCCGUGCCAUCCUCAGCCAGCGCAUUGAGUUCUUUGAUCGCGUAACAUCUGGUGCUCUAGUCUCGAGGCUCUCAACCGAUCCCGCGAAUCUUCACGAACUGAUUUCUGUCAAUUUCGGUCUUCUCAUCUCCAUCUUUGUGAGUAUCAUUAGUGGCAGUAUCAUUGCACUGGUCUUUUCAUGGAGACUUGCUCUUGUUGCCAUCUUUGGCGCCAUGCCCGUCGUCUUCGCUGCCGGUUUCAUACGCAUGACACUCGAUUCAUCUCUGGCAGAAGCAACGGCCAAGACUUUUGAGGAAAGUGCUCGAUUUGCAUCAGAUUCACUAUCGUCCAUUCGCACAGUCAAGGCAUUCACAAUGGAAACUAUUGUGCAAAAGUCGUAUGAACAACACCUAGCUCAAACAAUGAGAAAGCUGUCUCGAAAAACAGCCGCCAUCACCCUAUUCUUUGCCUUCUCAGAAAGUGCCGAGUUACUUGCAGCUGCACUGGGUUUCUGGUACGGAGGUAAACUGUUGAAAGAGGGGAAAACGUCGACGGAAGAAUUCUUUACGGUUUUCAUCGCCGUCAUUGUUGGUGGACAAGCCGCAGGUGCUCUUUUCGGAUUCUCUUCCAACAUAAGCAAGGCCAGCAUAGCUUCCAACAAUAUCCUCGGCAUCCGACGACAAGUUCAUGCGCCUGAAGAGCAAGCACCUUUGCUUGAUGUCGAAGGCGAAAAGGAUGCAAACGUCGUUGUUGAUUUCCGGAACGUCUCAUUUGCUUACCCAGCCCGGCCUGAAGUUACUGUACUGAAGAAUGUUUCGUUGCAGAUUUCGCAGGGGCAGACAGUGGCAGUCGUCGGUAGCUCUGGAUCUGGAAAGUCGACCCUGCUGGCUCUGUUAGAGCGAUUUUAUGACGCCAGAGCCGGGUCUAUCAAUGUGUUUGGGAAGCCUAUCUCAUCCGAAGAGGCAGAAUUGUACAGAAGGCGUUUGGCGAUUGUGCCUCAAGAGCCCACUUUGUAUCGAGGAUCGAUCCGCGACAACAUCACUCUUGGAGUGGACGAAGACAAAGUUAAGGAAGAAGACAUCAUCAGCGCGUGCCACGCCGCUAAUUUGACCGACCUGAUUGCUUCACUUCCGGAAGGUUUCAACAGUGAUUGCGGGGCGAAAGGUACUGCUCUGUCUGGGGGCCAGAAGCAACGCAUUGCGAUUGCACGUGCGCUUAUUCGAAACCCGGAGAUAUUGCUGCUAGAUGAGCCUACCAGCGCACUGGACGCGGAAUCUGAACUGCUUGUCCAAGAAACCCUCCAAAGUAUUCAAGGUGGCAGAACAAUGAUUCUAGUCACUCACCGACUGAAUACUGUCAAAACCGCAGACGUGAUCAUUGUCAUGGCUGCGGGUCAUAUCGUGGAGCAGGGCACGCAUACCGAGCUCAUGGCCCAACACGGCCACUACUUCAAGCUAUAUCAAUCUGCUCGUGGAGAGGAAGUUUAA